CGCAGCGUGCUCCGGGAUGGCCGUCUAUGCCCUCACGGGCUUCUCGCUCGUCAGCCUGCUCAGCUUUGGCUACUUAUCCUGGGACUGGAUGAAGCCCAGUUUGGUGGCCGACGUGGCCACGGACCCCAUGGAGAAAUUGCUGCCUCCCGCCUUCGCCAGGCCACCCCACAUCGUCUUCAUUCUGACCGAUGACCAGGGCUACCACGACGUCGGGUAUCAUGGCUCAGAUAUCCAGACGCCAACACUGGACAGGCUGGCAGCGGAGGGCGUUAAGCUGGAGAACUACUACAUCCAGCCCAUCUGCACCCCGUCCCGCAGCCAGCUGAUAACUGGCAGGUACCAGAUCCACACAGGGCUCCAGCACUCCAUCAUCCGCCCUCGGCAGCCCAACUGCCUGCCCCUUGACCAGGUCACCCUGCCCCAGAAGCUGCAGGAAGCUGGCUACUCCACGCACAUGGUGGGCAAGUGGCACCUUGGCUUCUACAAGAAGGAGUGCCUGCCCACCCGUCGGGGCUUUGACACCUUCCUGGGCUCCCUGACAGGCAACGUGGACUACUACACCUACGACAACUGCGACGGGCCGGGCGUCUGCGGCUAUGACCUGCAUGAAGGGGAGGACGUGGCUUGGGACCAGAGCGGGAAGUACUCCACCUUCCUCUAUGCCCAGCGCGUCAGCAAGAUCCUGGCAUCCCACAGCCCCAAGGAGCCCAUCUUCAUCUAUGUGGCCUUCCAAGCGGUCCACACACCUCUGCAGUCACCCAAGGAGUACAUCUACCGCUACCGCUCCAUGGGCAACGUCGCUCGCCGCAAGUAUGCCGCCAUGGUGACGUGCAUGGACGAGGCGGUGAAGAACAUCACCUGGGCCCUCAAGAAGUACGGUUAUUACGACAACAGCGUGAUCGUGUUCUCCACUGACAACGGUGGGCAGACCUUCUCUGGGGGAAGCAACUGGCCGCUACGGGGCCGCAAAGGGACGUACUGGGAAGGGGGAGUGCGUGGCAUCGGUUUUGUCCACAGUCCCCUGAUCAAGCGCAAGCGCCGGACCAGCUGGGCGCUGGUUCACAUCACGGACUGGUACCCAACUCUGGUCAGCCUGGCCAGGGGCAACCUGAGCAACGUCCCAGGCUUGGAUGGCUACAAUGUCUGGCCUGCCAUCAGCGAGGGCAAGGAGUCGCCACGAACCGAAAUCCUGCACAACAUCGACCCCCUGUACAACCACGCCAAAUACGGCUCCUUGGAGGAUGGCUUUGGCAUCUGGAACACAGCCGUGCAAGCCUCCAUCCGGGUCAGGGAGUGGAAGCUCCUCACUGGUGACCCAGGGUACAGCGACUGGAUCCCCCCGCAGACCCUGACCAACUUCCCGGGGAGCUGGUGGAACCUGGAGCGUCUCACCGAUGGCCUGAGGAAGUCCGUGUGGCUCUUCAACAUCACUGCCGACCCCUAUGAGCGCUACGACCUCUCGGACCAGCGCCCAGAUGUGGUCAGGACCCUCCUGAUGAGGUUGGUGCACUACAACCGGACAGCCAUCCCAGUGCGGUACCCUGCGGAGAAUCCCCGGGCUCACCCAGACUUCAACGGAGGCGCCUGGGGACCUUGGGCCAGCGAGGAUGACGGGGAGGAGUGGGAAGGCAUCGGGGAGCCCCUGAAAAGUAGGAACAAGAAGAAGAAGUGCAAGAUCUGCAAGCUGCGCUCUUUCUUCCGCAAGCUGAACACCAGGCUCAUGUCCAACCGCAUCUGAUGGGAGACUCCCCCAGCAUCGACCCAGCCUGGCCAGGG